GGAAGGGCCGAGUUGACAAUAACAAACCCCGCGGCGGCCGCGACCCGGUGUCACCGAGCUCGGGCUGCCUUGGGUCCCAGUGCCUCGGCGGGUUGACUCCGGUCCCCGCGCGGUGCCAAGAGGUCUGAGCAGCGGCUGCGGCUGACCCCGCAACCGCCGAACCUCCGGGCCGCGCCGGGCUCUCGGCGGCCGGGCGCCGACGGUUGUGUCGGUUGGCGGCGCCGCUGGGGCGGUUGGUGGCCGCCGCCGAGGCCAGGGCGGCGGCAGAAGAUGGUGCCGGGGGCCUCCGGCUGUGCUGCUGCCGCGGGCGGAGGAGCCGCUGCCGCCGGAUUUGCUUAUUAAUUAUGUAUGGAGUGUUCUGCCUGCAUGUAUCUCUGCAGGCCAGAAGAAGGCACCAGCUCUUAUUACAAUGGCUGUGAGUUGUCAUGUGGUUGCUGGAAAGUGAACUCAGGACCUCUGGAAGAACAGUCGGUAUUCUUAACCUCUGAGCCAUCUCUCCAGCCUCAACACAGUGAUAAUUUUCAUGAGGAAAAUUAGAAUUAUUCCAGUUGAAAGUUCUCUGAGGUUCACCAGUAGUGCCACUCAGUUGCCAAUAUCAAGCAAGCCCAUAUAAACCGUUCAUAAUCUUUUAAGAAAAGCAGUAAUAUUCUUCACGGAACCUGGGAAGUGCACCAGAGUGUGAGGUACGGCUCACAGAUUCCAGAAAGAUCAUCAUGAAGUUAUAUGUGUUUCUGGUUAACACUGGGACCACUCUGACAUUUGACACUGAACUAACUGUGCAAACUGUGGCUGACCUUAAGCAUGCCAUUCAAAGCAAAUACAAGAUUGCUAUUCAGCACCAGGUGCUAGUGGUCAAUGGAGGAGAAUGCAUGGCUGCAGAUCGAAGAGUGUGUACCUACAGUGCUGGAACGGACACAAAUCCAAUUUUUCUCUUUAAUAAAGAAAUGAUCUUAUGUGACCGUGCACCUGCUAUUCCUAAAACUACCUUUUCAACAGAAAAUGACAUGGAAAUAAAAGUUGAGGAGUCUCUUAUGAUGCCUGCAGUUUUUCACACUGUUGCUUCAAGGACACAACUUGCAGUGGAAAUGUAUGAAGUUGCCAAGAAGCUUUGCUCUUUCUGUGAAGGUCUUGUCCAUGAUGAACAUCUACAGCACCAAGGCUGGGCUGCAAUCAUGGCUAAUCUGGAGGACUGUUCAAAUUCAUACCAAAAGCUUCUUUUCAAGUUUGAAAGUAUUUAUUCAGAUUAUCUGCAGUCCAUAGAAGACAUCAAGUUAAAACUUACUCAUUUAGGAACCGCGGUUUCAGUAAUGGCCAAGAUUCCUCUCUUGGAGUGCCUAACCAGACAUAGUUACAGGGAAUGUUUGGGAAGACUGGAUUCUUUAAAUGAACAUGAAGACUCAGAGAAAAUUGAGAUGAAAAGAUCCACUGAACUGGUGCUCUCUCCUGAUAUGCCUAGAACAACUAACACAUCCAUGUUAACCUCAUUUCACAAGUCAGUGGAGCAUGUACCUCCAGAUCCCACCGAUGCUGAACGGGGCAAAGGACUUAGGGAAUCUUGUCAAAGUACUGUCCAACAAGAAGAAGCUUCAGUAGAUGAGAAAGACAGUGAUCUUCCUUUUUUUAAUGUGUCCUUGUUAGACUGGAUAAAUGUUCAAGAUAGACCUAAUGAUGUGGAAUCUUUGGUCAGGAAGUGCUUUGAUUCUAUGAGCAGGCUUGACCCAAAGAUUAUUCAACCAUUUAUAUUAGAAUGCCAUCAAACUAUUGCCAAACUUGAUAAUCAGAAUAUGAAAGCCAUUAAAGGACUUGAAGAUCGUCUGUAUGCCCUGGACCAGAUGAUUGCUAGCUGUGGCCGACUGGUAAAUGAACAGAAAGAGCUUGCUCAGGGAUUUUUAGCUAAUCAGAUGAGAGCUGAAAACUUGAAGGAUGCAUCUGUGUUACCUGAUCUGUGCCUGAGUCAUGCAAAUCAGCUGAUGAUUAUGUUGCAAAACCAUAGAAAAUUGUUGGAUAUUAAACAGAAGUGUACCACUGCCAAACAAGAGCUAGCAAACAACCUACAUGUCAGACUGAAGUGGUGUUGUUUUGUGAUGCUUCAUGCUGAUCAAGAUGGAGAAAAGCUGCAAGCACUGCUCCGCCUUGUCAUAGAGCUCUUAGAGAGAGUCAGAAUUGUUGAGGCUCUCAGCACAGUCCCGCAGAUGUACUGCCUAGCCGUGGUCGAGGUCGUACGGAGAAAGAUGUUCAUUAAACACUACAGAGAGUGGGCCGGUGCUUUAGUCAAAGAUGGGAAGCAAUUGUAUGAAGCUGAAAAGUCCAAAAGGGAAUCCUUUGGGAAAUUAUUUAGGAAAUCCUUUUUAAGAAAUCGUCUAUUUAAGGGACUGGACUCCUGGCCCCCCUCAUUUUGUACUCAGAAGCCUCGAAAAUUUGACUGUGAACUUCCAGACAUAUCAUUAAAAGAUUUACAGUUUCUCCAAUCAUUUUGUCCUUCAGAAGUGCAGCCUUUCCUCAGGGUUCCUUUACUUUGUGACUUUGAACCUCUACACCAGCAUGUACUUGCCCUACAUAAUUUGGUAAAAGCAGCACAAAGUUUGGACGAAAUGUCACAGACCAUUACAGAUCUGCUGAAUGAACAAAAGGUGUCUGCAAGUCAAGCAUCCCCACCGUCAGCUGCUUCUCCAAGGAUAGAAAGUACAACGACUACCUCACCAAAAACUCCUCCUCCACUAACUGUUCAGGAUCCCUUAUAUCCAGCAGUGUGUCCCUUAGAAGAAUUGUCUCCAGACAGCAUUGAUGCUCAUACAUUUGACUUUGAAACCAUCUCCCAUCCAAAUGCAGAACAAACAAUUCACCAAGCUUCGUUAGACUUGGAUUCAUUAGCAGAAAGUCCUGAGUCUGAUUUUAUGUCUGCUGUGAAUGAGUUUGUGAUUGAAGAAAACUUAUCAUCUCCAAACCCUAUAAGUGAUCCACAAAGUCCAGAAAUGAUGGUGGAGUCACUUUAUUCAUCAGUCAUCAAUGCCAUAGAUAGUAGGCGCUUGCAGGACACGAGUGCACAUGGAAAAGAGGGAUUGGGAGAGCGUGCUGCUCUGCAUGUCCAGCUGGAGAAAUGCAAAGUUGCUGCCCAAGACUCUCACGUCGGUAUACAGACCAUCAAGGAAGAUCUCUGCCACCUCAGAACAUUCGUACAAAAAGAACAGUGUGAUUUAUCAAAUUCUUUAAAAUGUAUAGCAAUAGAAAUAAGAAACAUUAUUGAAAAGGUCAAAUGCUCCCUAGAAAUAACACUAAAGGAAAAACAUCAGAAAGAACUCCAGUCUUUAAAAAGUGAGUAUGAAUGUAAACUUGAUGCUCUAGUAAAAGACAGUGAAGAAAAUGCAAAUAAAAUUAAAAAAUUGAAAGGAGAUUUAAUAUCCCUUGAGGAAGUUUUACAAAGUAAAGACAGUGAAUUUGCGUUGAUUAAACAUGAAAAGGAUGCUGUCAUCUUCUUGCAGCGUGAAAAGGACCAGAAGUUGGUAGAGAUGGAAAAUAUUGUACAUACUCAAAAUUGUGAAAUUGAAGAAUUAAAGCAGUCACGAGAGAUGGCGUUAGAAGAGCUGAAGAAGCUACAUGUUGAAAAUGAUAAGAAAGUAGAGUCACUGAGAGCUGAAUUUCAGUGCUUAGAGCAAAGCCACCUAAAGGAAUUAGAGGACACAAUGCAUAUCAGACACACACAUGAGUUUGAGAAAGUUAUGACAGACUACAAAGUGUCGUUGGAGAGAUUGAAAAAGGAAAAUCAACAAAGAAUUGACCAGAUACUAGAAUCUCAUGCCUCAACUCUCCAGGAAAAAGAACAACAGUUGCAAGAAUUGAAACUCAAGGUUUCUGAUUUGUCAGACAUGAGGUGUAAAUUGGAGGUCGAACUUGCAUUAAAGGAAGCAGAAACCGAUGAGAUAAAGAUCUUGUUGGAAGAGAGCAAAACACAGCAAAAGGAAACUUUGAAGACUCUCCUUGAGCAAGAGACAGAAAACUUGCGGACAGAAAUAAGUAAACUAAACCAAAAGAUUCAUGAAAAUAAUGAGAAUUAUCAGGUGGGCUUAGCAGAGUUAAGAGCUUUAAUGACAAUUGAAAAAGAUCAGUGCAUUUCCGAAUUAAUUAGUAGACACGAAGAAGAAUCUAAUAUACUUAAGGCUGAAUUAGACAGUGUAACAUCAUUGCAUCAUCAAGCAUUUGAAAUAGAAAAAAACUUGAAAGAACAAAUAGUUGAACUGCAGAGUAAAUUGAACUCAGAACUGAGUGCACUUGAAAGACAAAAAGAUGAAAAACUAAGCCGACAAGAAGAGAAGUAUGAGGCUCUCAUCCAGAACCUAGAAAAAGACAAGGAAAAGUUGGUCACGAGCCAUGAACACGACAAAGAACAGUUAAUUCAGAGGCUUAAUUACGAAAAAGACGAAGCUAUUCAAACUGCACUAAAUGAAUUUAAGUUGGAGAGAGAACUUGUUGAGAAAGCAUUAUUAGAAAAAGUUAAACAUCUUGAGAAUCAAAUAGCCAAAAGUUCUGCUCUUGAAUCAGCCAGAGAAGAUUCUUCAAGCUUAGUUGCUGAACUUCAAGAGAAGCUUCAGGAAGAAAAAGCUAAGUUUUUAGAACAGCUUGAAGAACAAGAAAAAAGAAAGAAUGAAGAAAUGCAGAAUGUCCGAACAUCUUUGAUUGCUGAACAACAGACCAAUUUUAACACUGUUUUAACAAGAGAGAAAAUGAGGAAAGAAAACAUAAUAAAUGAUCUCAGUGAUAAAUUAAAAAGUACAAUGCAGCAACAAGAGCGUGAUAAAGAUUUGAUAGAGUCCCUUUCUGAAGACCGAGCUCGUUUGCUUGAAGAGAAGAAGAAGCUUGAAGAGGAAGUGAGCAAACUGCGCACCAGCGGUUUCCUUCCCUCGGCCUCUGCGGCUGCAGCCCCAGAGCUCUACGGGGCCUGUGCACCUGAGCUGCCCGGGGAGACGGAGAGAGCAGCCAUGGAGAUAGCUGAUGAAGGAAGGGUGGACUCAGCGAUGGAGACAAGCAUGAUGUCUGUCCAAGAAAACACGCUAUCCGAAGAGAAGCAGAGGAUCAUGCUUCUAGAGCGGACAUUGCAGCUGAAAGAAGAAGAAAACAAGCGGUUAAAUCAGAGGCUGAUGUCUCAGAGCAUGUCCUCAGUGUCAUCAAGGCAUUCUGAAAAAAUAGCCAUUCGAGAUUUUCAGGUGGGAGAUUUGGUUCUCAUCAUCCUAGAUGAACGGCAUGACAAUUAUGUGUUGUUUACUGUUAGUCCUACUUUGUAUUUUCUGCAUUCAGAGUCUCUUCCUGCCCUGGACCUCAAACCAGGUGAGGGAGCUUCAGGUGCAUCUCGACGACCCUGGGUCCUUGGAAAAGUAAUGGAAAAGGAAUAUUGUCAAGCCAAAAAGGCACAAAACAGAUUUAAAGUUCCUUUGGGGACAAAGUUUUACAGGGUGAAAGCUGUGUCAUGGAAUAAGAAAGUAUAGCCACAGAAGAAAUCUACAUCUGAUACCAUUUUCUGAUUUGUCCUCCAGUGCUAAUAAAUCACUCAAACAACUGGCCGUCCUUUUUUUUUUUACAAAAGUCAACACAACAGUAUACUUCAUUGGUGAUCUGCACAUUUAAGUGGAUACAUCUUAAGAACAAUAAAUUCAUCAAAAUUCUUGGCUGAA